CAAGGUGAAGAUAAGGACCUUGGCUAUCCCUAAAGAUCUGAGUAUUUUAUGCUACAUUAGGCAAAAGACCAAAUGUGGAGCUAUCCACAUGUAUUCUUUCCUGCAUUUUCUCUCUCCCUUACCCAUCAAAAAAGAUGAAUCACUGCACAAUAACCCUGAGGCCAUUUUCAGAGUUAGUAGCUCUGAGUUUUUGAGAGUUUUUGAGUUUUUAGUAGCUUUUGAGUUUUGUUUCAUCAUCAUCCUCUGCCCUCCCUGCUAGAGACUGAGGGAAUUGUCACAGGAUGCUGAGAGAGAGAAAGCAAGAGAUAUGGUCAAAAGCCUCCAAUAGGACAGUGCACUGACUGUGCUGUCUGAAACAGUAGCUUUAACUGUAUGUACCAGAUACCAUUCUGGAACUGUAAUACCCCUCUUCUUCCCUAGCAGAUUCAGUUUGUCCUUCAUCAGGUAAGAUAUUAUAUUUGUUGAACUUACCGGUGGCUAUGUGAGUAGGUACUAAGCUUAUGUAAACUGCUACCUGUGCUUAAUAAAGAGCAUUUUGAAUCAUUUUAAGAUUACCUUGGCUAUUCAAGUCUUGCCUUCUGAAUAUAUUGCAGCUAUGGAACAAACAAAUCUGAAUUUCCCUUUAAAAUUUUAUCAGAGACAUAGGUUUUAGAAGUCACUCGUUUUCUCACAGUCCAUGAGCACCAUCCACAGGAUGAAAUGCAUGUUUUUGUGCCACUCGAUUUCUUUGACACUGUGGUCCAGAAACAAUACUUAUUUCAAGACAAAAACCUGAAAUGAAAUUACAUAACCCAAUUUACUUUUGAUAUUGCUUAAAUUACAACCAAAUAGGAAAUUCUGUCUCUCAUCUAACCUUACCCUUUUUGCUUAAACUGGCUCAUCAGUGAAAACAUCAUUUAGAUCUCUGAACAGCUGACAUGGCAUUUUUAACAUCUUAUGGAAAGUUAAUGAUAGAAAAUAUACUAGAACUCUUUUCUCCCAUGAAAAUGAUGUAUCUGUGAACUACUUUAUUUCAAAGACAAUUCUAAUGUAUUUAUACAAAUCACACUACUUUGUUGAAAGCAAUUGAAGAAAUAUUUGUUUGCCUAAGGAGAAUUCAUAGGAGGUUAAAACCAUGAACUUGUGCAUGUCUGAGUUAUCUAGCUAAGAUGACAGCCAAUAAAAGCCAAUUUUCCAAAGUAAGGUAAUAUUCUUUAAGGUGCCUGCUCAUGUAAGAGAGUGAAAUGUACUGAUUUUGUCUAGAACAAAGUUAGCUUUCUUCAUAGCAGCUCAUAUAGUACUGUGUUUUGGAUUAAUGACCAGAUCAGUGGUGAUAGUGCAUCAAGGUUUUAAUGGUUGCAAAGGGCUCACACAGAUCCCAAGACUUUUCUGCUUCUCACACUGCCAACAAGGAGGUGGGGUGCACAAGGAGCUGGGAGGGGACACAGCCAGCACAGCUGGCCCAGACUGGUCCAAGGAAUGUCCCACACCAUAUCACAGACUCACUGAAUGUCAGAGAUUGGAAGAGACCCAGAAAUAAAAGCUGGGGGAAGGAAUGAAUGAGGGAGGACACUUGGCAUUAUGGUGUUUGUUUCUCCAAGUAAGUGGUGUGUAUGUAGAAGUCCUGCAAACUCCUUAGACUUUUCCUACCAAUGGGAAAUAGCAAAUGAAUUCCUUAUUUUCUUUUGUAUCUGACCACUGAUUUUGUUUUAUCUGUUGAACUGUCUUUAUUUCAACCACAGGUUUUCUCGCUGUUAUCCUUCUAAUUUUCUCCUCCACCCCAAUGAGAGGGGAGUGAGCGAACAGCAGUGAGGGGUUUAGCUGCUCCCCAGGGUUAAGCCACAUCUGAAAUCUGCAAGCUGAAGGGAACUUGCUUAUUAAAAGUAUUGCACCAGGAAGCUUGAAAGCCUCACAAGCUGAUCUACUUCAAAAGCUUUUAUGGCUCAAAAUGCUGGAAAUAGUCAAGGCUACAUAGGAACAUUUAAAAUAAUUUCUGGGACAUCAUUCAUUCCUGCUUUGCAAGAUAAAUCAUCAGACGACUUCAAAGUCCUUGCCUUUGAUGUUGAACACUUGAUACAAGAAAUCCUUCAAGCAAGUGAUCUGGGAAAUAAAUUUGAGAGAUGUGAAAUUUUCCAGUUCAAGAAUCCUGAAGAAGGUAAUGCAAACUUCAAGACAUCUCAAACAGGCGUUGUUGUGAUCUUCGGCCUUUAUCUUACCCAGAGAGUAACAACUGAGAAAAUAAAAAAUGAGUUACUUUCAGGUAUCAACGCAAAUGCAACUGAUCUUUCUCAGACCUUGAAAAUUGAUGUGAACAGCAUACAAAUCACAGUGGCUGCUGAAAAUCCUACUACUACAAUAAUGCCUUUAACUUCAUCAGGUUCAAAACAACUAACAACAAGCAAGGCUGCAACAACUUCAGUUGAGGGCUCACCACCUGCUGAAGUUUGUGAUGAUGGAGUAACCAGCAUUGAAAAGGAUUUAUUUUGUGAUGGAAUCUUGGACUGCCCAGAUGGUUCAGAUGAAUCUGAAAAAAGAUGUGCUACGAUUUGUGAUGGAAAAUUCAUGCUGACCGAUUCCUCUGGGUCUUUUCACUCUAUGAAUUAUCCAAAACCAUAUAAUGCAAAUAUUGUUUGCCAGUGGAUUAUACUAGUCCCUCAAGGGUUAUCCAUUAAGGUGAACUUCACUUCUUUUGAUACAGAACAGUUUAUGGACAACUUAAAUAUUUUUGAAGGUAUAGGACAACACAAGACUUUGAGAGCUUCUCUCUCAGGAUCUAAUCCCGAGACAGUUCACAUUUUUUCUCAUGAGGUUACAGUCAGGUUUACAUCUGAUUAUUCUGGAAACUACAAUGGCUUUAAUGCAACAUACACUGCUUUUAAUGCAAGUGAACUAAAAAAUUUUGAGAGAGUCAAUUGUACUUUUGAAGAUGGCUUUUGUUACUGGAUACAAGAUUUAUAUGAUGAUUUAAACUGGCAAAGAUAUCAGGGCCCUACCUUUCCCUUUAUGAGUGGUCCUGAUUUUGAUCAUACAUUUGGAAAUGCGUCAGGAUUCUAUAUUUCAACACCCACAGGACUUGGAAUUCAAGAAGGAAGAGUUCGAAUUCAAAGUUUGCCUUUGAUCUCUUCAGAUCCAUCUUGUCUAAGUUUUUGGUAUUACAUGUACAGUCCUAACAUUUACCGUUUACGCGUUAGCAUAAGAAGAGAAUAUGGUCUGGAAAAGAUAAUUUUCCAGAAAGAAGGAAACUAUGGAAAAAAAUGGAUUUAUGGACAAGUAACUUUAAAUGAAACAUCUGAUUUUAAGGUUAUAUUUGAUGCCUUUACAAGGAUGGCUCCAAGUGAGAUAGCCUUGGAUGAUAUUAGCCUGACAGAGGGAAAGUGUAAUGAAAGCAAUUAUGUAGAGCCAACUGCAUUUCCAAUUGCCACUACAACAGCUUCGGUUCCCACUGACUGUGGAGGUCCAGUUGAACUCUGGGAACCAAACAGUACAUUCAGCUCUGAAAAUUUUCCAAACAAUUAUCCUAAUCAAGCUUCUUGUGUAUGGUACUUAAAUGCCGAAAAAGGAAAAAACAUUCAACUUCAUUUUCAGGUUUUUGAUCUGGAAAAUAUUUACGAUGUAGUUGAAGUCAGAGACGGCAGAGGACAAGAUUCCUUACUUUUGGCUGUCUAUACAGGAAACAACCCAUUGCCUGAUGUCUUCUCUACAACAAACCAAAUGACAGUAACUCUCUUUACGGACAAGUUUUCAACAAGAAAGGGAUUUCUUGCAAACUUUACUACUGGCUACCAUCUAGGAGCUUGUGCACCUGAAGAAUAUCAGUGUCGUAGUGGAGAGUGCAUACCAUUGGAUAACCUUUGUGAUAAGCUACCUCAAUGUGAAGAUGGCUCUGAUGAAGCAAAGUGCAUGAGAUUGCUUAAUGGUUCUGCAAGCACUGAAGGACUGGUACAGGUCAGGAUGGGGAAGGCAUGGCACCUGACAUGUGCAGAUGAUUGGAAUGAAAAAUACUCAGACAGCAUUUGCCAGCAGCUGGGAUUAGGGAAUUCAAAUAUGUCAUCAACCGUAUUAUUCACUGGAGAUGGUCCAUUUGCCAGCAUCACCAAAGUAGCUAAUCACAGCCUAAUAUUUACAAAGAAAGAACAUUGUUUAAACAACCUGGUGAUUCAUCUGCAGUGUAACAUUAAACCUUGUGGAAAGCGCCUGGAAAUUGAUAGCAAAGGAACAAGGAUUGUAGGUGGAAGUGAUGCCAGAAGAGAGGCUUGGCCUUGGAUUGUCUCGCUUCAUUUUCAAUACAGACCCAUUUGUGGAGCCUCCCUUAUCAAUGAGGAAUGGCUGGUGACAGCAGCACACUGUGUAUAUGGGAGACAAUCACAACCAUAUAUGUGGAAAGCAGUUCUUGGUUUGUAUGACCAGUCGAAUAUGACAGACAUUUCAACAGUAGUUCAAUACAUUGAUCGAAUAAUUAUAAAUCCUCAUUAUAACAAACUUACAAAAGACAGUGAUAUUGCUCUAAUGCAUCUCCAAUACAAAGUUCAAUAUUCAGAUUACAUACAACCUAUCUGCUUACCAGAAAAAGAUCAACAGUUUCUACCAGGAAUUAACUGUUCCAUUGCUGGCUGGGGUGCUAUUAGAUAUGAAGGUCCUACUUCAAAUAUAUUGCAAGAAGCAGAGGUCCCUCUCAUUUUAAAUGAAAAAUGCCAGGAGUGGUUGCCAGAAUAUACUAUUACUGAGAAUAUGAUCUGUGCAGGCUAUGACAUGGGAGGAGUAGAUUCCUGUCAGGGAGAUUCAGGGGGCCCUCUGAUGUCUGAAGAUGAUAACCAAUGGGUUUUGGUAGGGGUAACAUCGUUUGGCUAUGAGUGCGCACUUGCCCAACGACCAGGAGUGUACGUCCGGGUUGCUAUGUUUGUGGACUGGAUCCAAAAAAUUGUCUAUGACCUUGAUAUUCCUUAACAGAAACAGAAGCUAAAGACUGCAAGUAAACUACUGCAGAGUAACAGUACAGACUGGCAUUCAAAACUCACAACCAGGGAAAAUGAAAAAAAAAAAAAAAAAUGAUUCAAAGUGCAGUCUGGUUUCAAAUUUAGGAAAGUGAAACA